UCUAUUUCAGACAUUUUCCUUUUGUAGAUAUAGGUUUCACGCAAAGUCGUGUAUAAUAGAUCUAUCACGUUUAAAACGUUGAAGCCUAAAAACAGAAAACAUUUUGGCAUCGACGAUUAUUAUUAUUAUUAUAAGCCUACUUCAAUUGAGUAAAUUUAAUUCGAAAUUUAAUUUUGAAGUGAUCUCAUUUUAUUUGCUAAUUUUGGUUAAAUGUCUGAUUAACACAUAAUUGCAAGCAAAAUGUGAUGUGAAUGAAAUGACAUGAUGCAUAAAAUCAGGCAGAGCAGCAUCCUGUAUCCUCUGGAAUUCUAAAUCACUUCCUCGCCGCUGAUUGGCUGUUGAGUUUUGACCCUUGUUGGGAUGGACCUGUUGGAUAAAAGGAGAAUUUCUAUCGGGAUCAUGCGUAUUGCGCCGUGGAUGCCUGUGCACAAGGGACCGACUCGUAUGUGAAGAAGGGAAUAGUCUCAGAGGCAUCAUGACGGGAAAGGAUGGGGCUGUUUUGUCGGGAAGUUUGAACAAAUCAAAAUCAGUGUGUGCCGCUGAGAACGGGGGAAAUAACAAUCCACAUCUGUCAAAGAGCAGCACCACACAUCCGCCCAAAUGCACGGGCUUCGGCAUCCAGGAGAUCCUGGGACUAAAUAAAGAGCCGUCCUCGGCUCCGCGGAACACACUGGACUCGUUCCCUGCCGGGGCGCACCUUCUCGCCAGCAGGUCGAUGCUCGGUCCAGCUGGUGUUGGUGUUGGGGUCGGGAUGGGAUUAAUUGGCCCUGGAGGUAUUCCAUCGUUCUACAGCCAGCCCGCGUUUCUUGAGGUGCUAUCAGACGCGCAUAACGUCCAUCUGCAGCCGCUCAACAGGACAGUGAGGCCGCUGGAAACGAACCAGUCUGCAAGCUCAGGUGAAAUUCAUGUUUCAUCCUUGUAUUCAGAGGAUGUCUCUUCAAGUGAAAGGAAAACAUCAAAAUCUUCACUGAGCCAGAGCAAGAAGAGAAAAAAGCGACGACACAGAACAAUAUUUACAUCUUACCAGCUGGAAGAACUGGAGAAGGCAUUUAACGAGGCUCAUUAUCCGGAUGUGUACGCCAGAGAAAUGCUGGCCAUGAAAACCGAGCUGCCCGAGGACAGAAUACAGGUGUGGUUCCAAAAUCGAAGGGCCAAGUGGAGAAAGCGGGAGAAGUGUUGGGGUCGUAGCAGCGUGAUGGCUGAAUACGGGCUCUACGGUGCCAUGGUGCGUCACUCCAUCCCUCUGCCUGAGUCCAUACUGAAGUCUGCUAAAGAUGGCAUCAUGGACUCCUGUGCUCCCUGGCUUCUUGUUCAAGAUGGUUUUCCUACCACCAGCUGCUUUUCUAAACACGAAUACCCACCAUUCUUUUCAGGGAUGCACAAGAAGUCCUUGGAGAUUGUUGCAGUCCAAUCAAAUGAGAAGUCAGAUGUCAUUCAGAAACCGACCAAUCCCAAGCCGGAUGAGGCUGAGGCCGAGGCUGAGGAAAGGAGGACAGAGUCACCCAUGUCCAAAGAGGAACUGAGGGAGAACAGCAUUGCUGUUCUCAGGGCAAAAGCACAGGAGCACAGUGCUAAAGUGCUGGGAACGGUUACCUCUGAGAGACUAGAGCACAAAAUGGAGACGUCGGUGACAGAGGAGUCCAGCGAACAGUCAGACACAAAAGAAGAGGAAAAAAGUUCUUAGAUCAUGCACUGUAAUUCUUCCAAUACAAAACAUUGGCUUAGUGUGCAUAUAUCUGGGCUAUUGUCUCUUCCCUUCCUGCACUGGUCCCAUGACAGCACUGGACUUUUAAUUGAUUCUCAAUGUUCCUCUGCAUUUUAUUUCACUCUAGCAAGGUCAAAACCAUA